AUAGAGCUCACAUUUUUAAAACAAAGUUUCAGGACAGAUAGCUGCAAGUUGCCAUGGAGCACAAGAGGUUCUUGUUAUGGGCUGUUGUCCUGAUUUUAGGCCUCAGCAGCAGCCUGACAAAUGGAAAUACCAUACUAUCCUCGCAACAAUGUGAAAUACAACCCAUUGCCAGAGUGAACUGUGGCUACGCAGGAAUCAGUGCAGAAGAAUGCAAUAACAGAGGAUGCUGUUUUGAUUCAAGGAUUACUGGUGUUAUCUGGUGCUUCUUUCCUAAAAACGGUCCAGAGUGCUUCUAAAAUAAAUGUGAAUCCAGAAUCUGCCUGUCUACCCUAAUGGUUCCUCAAGAAGAAAAAUACUGUUGAUUUUUAACUGUGUACUGAUAUAUGUUUUUCUGUUGAUGAUACUGCACAUUGCUUUCAACAACAUAUACCUUCAGCAGCACUCUGGAAUACUUUGAAGAAU